GAUCCUCCGCUCCGGGUAGAAUUCUCCUGCAUUUCCGCUUGGCCCCGGAGCUGGGCGGAAGCGUCGAGAUCCUGCAGGCCGCUCUGCACCUCUUCUGGGCGUCCCCGGGCCCCGGCGCGCACCAGGUCACCGUGACGCUGCGGCAGCGCCGCCCGCUCUCCCUGCUCUACUACGACAGGGACAGCAACAUCGUCAAGACCGACAUCCCUGACAUGAUUGUGGAUGCCUGUGGCUGCACCUUCCCUGCCAGCAGGGAAGGCAGGAGGGGUACAGCACAGUCGCUGAGAGGUGGAACUGACACUGAGACUCACACAGGCCCCCGGUUCCUUGCUGCUGUCACCAGGCCGGUGCUGGACCGCGUGCCAGCUCAGGAUCCCCCCAGCCUCCUGCACCUGGAAACAAUGUCAGACACAGGGACCUGGCCCCCUCCACGGGAGCCCAUGUCACCCUCUGGCACCAGGCUGCGCUUCCAGUUCAGCGGAAUGCAGGACCAGGACAUUCACAUCCUGCAGGCCCAGCUCUGGCUCUACCUUCGAGUUCCCCGAGACCUGGCAGCCAACCUCACCCUGAGUGUCUUUCUUGCUGGUGGGGAAGGCAGCUUGGCCAGGGGCAAUCGCACGCUGCUGAGCAAGAGGCGACUGAGCGCCAAGGGCAGCGGCUGGUGGACCUUCUCCCUCAUGCCUGCCCUGCAGAGCUUCUUUGAGGGAGAGAACAGGACCCUGCAGCUGGAACUGGAAAGCCUUGUGGGCAGGGGCCAUAGCCUGGCCGUGAUCAACGCUAGUCGGUCCCACCAGCCUUUCCUCGUGGCCGAGGCAAAGGUGCAGGAGCCGGGACACCACGUAGCCAAGCGCAGCCUCCGCUGCAGCCAGAACUCGAACCUCUGCUGCCGCAAGGACUAUUACGUGGACUUCCGAGACAUCGGCUGGAACGAUUGGAUCAUUAAGCCUGAGGGCUACCAGAUAAACUACUGUGUGGGCCAGUGCCCUCUGCAUGUGGCGGGCAGCCCUGGGAUGGCCUCUUCCUUCCAUACAGCCGUCUUCAACCUCGUCAAAGCCAACAACAUCCAGGCAUCGGGGCACUCCUGCUGCGUGCCCACGCGGCGCCGUCCGCUCUCGGUCCUCUACUUCGACCGCAACAGCAACAUCGUCAAGACUGACAUCCCUGACAUGAUUGUUGAUGCCUGUGGCUGUAGCUAGAGAUGGGGGAGCAGUGUUGGGACCUCCUGCCUUCCCCAGGACUGGCUUUCUGGGCACUUGGGAUCAGGGGAAGCUUCUCCCUUGA